CUGAAAUUAAAAAAAACAACACAAUUUUGCUUGAAGUUAAUGGUAGAUGAAAAGAAAAAUGUACAAAAAUUAAGUUUGAAGAAAUAUAUAUUGUAGAAUUGUGUCAAAUGAAUUAUGUUGGAUAAGCUGAAUGAAUCUAGGAAGAUCAUCUUGCCAAUUUUGCGAAUUGAAAUUUAUCUCUUACAACAUCCUCGUGCAAGUGUGAAUAUCCGUGAGCUUACCAGCAAAACUUUGGACAUACUUUACAAAGCUGAUGUUAGAGUUCAGUGUUUAAUGUAUUGGUACACGUCAUCUGUAUGUAACAGAAAAACAAAAUAAUGUUUCAUUGUCGGGUAAAAGCUUUAUUUUAAAUUAAAAAAAUAGUACCCUGUUAUGUAACAUUCAGGAAAAUAGCAUUAACUGGUAUUCUGGUGUUUUUAGGCGUCUUGCUAUCAUUGAAUGUGUAACAGAAAUUGUUUAUACGUUCUUAUUCAUUAUUCUUUUAUAAUGAAAUGAUGUUAUUAGGACAUAUAUAAGAAGACUCCAUUGUCCAUUAAUGUGUCUAUACAACUUGCAACUCAUUUCUUGUCAGUAACCACCACAGUCAACCAGGGCCUGCGUUGAAUCUAGCUGAUCCAAGAUGACUACGAAGGAAAUCACCAACAAUUUGAUCAUCAAUUACCUGCCACAGUUCCUCACAGACGAGGAGUUCAAGAACAUGUUUCUCACCAUCGGGCCAUUGAAGUCAACGAAAAUUGUCAGAGACAAGGCUACUGGUUUCAGUUACGGCUUUGGAUUCACAGAGUUUGUGUCCGUCGAUGACGCGGAACGUGCGGUCAAGGUGUUUGACUAUCUGCCAAUGUAUGGGAAAAGGAUACGGGUCCAGCAUGCCAACAAGAGCGAUGAGCUUUCGAAGGGAUAUAACAUCUAUGUGAAAAACAUUCCAAGCGAGUACACGGAAAGUGAGCUGGAAAAACUGUUUGAGCCUUUCGGUAAAAUCACAACAUGUAAAGUGCUGAUAGACCUUCAGACUGGACAGUCAAAGAACGUCGGCUUUGUGUUGUAUGAUACAAAGGGUGAGGCCGACAAAGCGAUCAGUGAAAUGCAUGGCAAAAAGUGUCCGGGGUCUAAUAAUUACCUUGUAGUGAAGUAUGCUGAUGAUUCCAGUGUUAAGAAAUCGGGCAAGAACAUGCCUAUCCCACCCAUUCUUCCUCAAGUAACCCCAGCUUCCCCCUUGGUUGCUCCACCACCUAUUCUUAACCAUGGAAACGGAUUUGUUUCACACAACAGCCAGGCAGGGCCAGUUCGCAAUCAAACAGCCAACCGCUUCCGUUUCAAUCCUAUGGCCAGGGAAGAUACGACUUUUGGACACCAGUCUAGUUUUGGGUCCGGAUUCACGAGCCCAAGCACAGGAGGGUACCAGUCUGGUAUGACGAGCCCAGAACCGAGCUACGCUGGCUCGUUGACAGAUAUACCACAGGGUCCUGGACCAUUCUCAAUCUUCGUCCACAAUAUUGGAGAGGACGCAGAAGACCGUGAGUUGUGGGCCCUUUUUUCUCCGUUCGGGACUGUUCAGAAGUGCACGGUAAUGAUGGAUACGGAGCGAAAGGUCUGCAAGGGCUUUGGCUUCGUUGAUAUGGUCCACGUGAUGGAGGCUUCCAACGCCAUCCAGAAUCUGAACGGGUACUUCUAUAAGGGCAGGAAACUUAGUGUGUCGUUCAAACACAAGAAAUGACAUUAAAACGACCUUUUGUUUGGGAGUGGCACAAAUUUAUGCUGAAAAGAGACUUGGUGUUCCUUUCUUUAAAUAUUGAUUCUACUUAUAUGGCAUUAUGAUACCCGGAUUUUUGUUUGAAAGUUUUCUCUUUAUUUUCUACCACACUGUUUUCACUAAAUAGUGUUAUUAUGUAAACAGAUCUCGAUCUAAUUGAUUUUAUUUAAAGUUUUUCUUUUCGAUUUGUGGAUAAUUGUUUGAUCAUUAUGCAAAUAAUUAAAAAACCUUGUAUUUACUAUAAGCAUUUUAUAUAAAUUGUUUUUGUUUGUUAAAUUAAUAUUGGUGCAUUCUUGAUUACUGCGAAAUUCUUUGUUAAAGGUUUUUCCAGAGUAAUGUCAAUGUUAAAUAGAUAAAUAAUCAUGCACCUGCAUGCUAAUAUCAUGGAAAAUUGUUCAAACAGUUUUUAUUAGCUCAUCUAUUUUUUGAAAAAAAAUUAUGAGCUAUUGUCAUCACCUUGGCGUCGGCGUCGGUUAAAUUUUGCGUUUAGGUCCACUUUUCUCAGAAAGUAUCAAUGCUAUUGCAUUCAAUCUUGGUACACUUACUAACUAUCAUGAGGGGACUGGGCAGGCAAAGUUAGAUAACUCUGGCGUGCCUUUUGACAGAAUUAUGUGCCCUUUUUAUACUUAGAAAAUUGAAAAUUUUGGUUAAGUUUUGCGUUUAGGUCCACUUUUCUCAGAAAGUAUCAAUGCUAUGGCAAUCAAACUUGGUACACUUACUUACUAUCAUGAGGGGACUGGGCAGGCAAAGUUAGAUAACUCUGGCGUGCAUUUUGACAGAAUUAUGUGCCCUUUUUAUACUUAGAAAAUUGAAAAUUUGGUUAAGUUUUGUGUUUAGGUCCACUUUAUUCCUUAAGUAUCGAAUCUAUUGCUUUCAUACUUGCGACACUCACUAACUAUCAUAAGGGGACUCUGCAGGCAAAGUUAUGUUACUCUGACUGGCAUUUUGACAGAAUUAUGGGCCCAUUAUACUUAUAAAUUGAAAAUUUGGUUAAGUUUUGUGUUUUGGUCCACUUUACCCUAAAGUAUCAUAGAUAUUUCUUUCAUACUUGGAACACUCGCUACCUAUCAUAAGGGACAGUAAAGGACAAGCUGCGUAACUCUGGUUGUCAUUUUUACGGACUUAUGGCCCUUUUUCGACUUAGUAACUUUGAAUAUAUGGUUAAAUUUUGUGUUUAGAUCCACUUUACUUCUAAAGUAUCAAGGUUAUUGCUUUCAAACUUCAAAUACUUUCAUGCUAUCAUGAGGGUACUGUACCUGGCAAGUUGAAUUUUACCUUGACCUUUGAAUGAAGGUCAAAUUAUUAAAUUUUGCUAAAAUUGCCAUAACUUCUUUAUUUAUGAUUAGAUUUGAUUGAUACUUUGACAAAACUACUCUUACCUGACAUACCACAAUAGACUCCACCCAAACCAUCCCCUGUG